UGCAGAAGUUGACAAGUUUUCGUAUUUAAAUUAAAGAUAUAAUUUAGCACAAAAUGGCGGAUGACACCAACGAAGAUAGCUGGCUAUAUGGCAGCUCGAAUCCCGACUCUACAACCAAUGAGCCACCCACGGAGGCGCAGCAGACAGCAACAGCCAUCGAGCACGAGGCUUUGGCUUUGGCCGCCGUGACCGGCGAACAACCAGAUGCGUUGGGUACUUUUCCAAAAGAUGAGGUGCCGGACUAUGUGGAGUUUGAUGAUCCCGCACAGGAAAUGGAGGAGGACGACGCGGUGGCACUGGGUGGCACGUUACCGGAUACAACGGAUGGCAACUCGCGUGCGUCUCGUGUCGAUGGUGAUGAGGGCAGCUGUGGUGCAAGGACAGCUGAGGGCGAGGAGGAGGAGGAGCAGCAGGAGGAUGAGGAAAUGACGGACGCGGGCGGGGAUGAAGGCAUGGCGGGAACGCGCAAAGAGCGUACGGCAUCAGGUUCCGAUGAGGACGACGAUGAUGAUUCCGAUGAUGACAUAAAUGUGGUAAUUGGUGACAUUAAAUCUGCCCCAAGCACGUACAACAUUAAGCAGCGCCCUAACUUGCUGGUGGGCGCAUCAGCGGCGGACAAGGCUAAGCCCGCGGGCCAGGGUGGCAAGUUCAGUAUCGAGGAUUUUGAGGGCGCCGGCACCAUAAACGGGGUGGCUGUGCACGAGUUCAGCAUAGAUUCGCUAGAGGAGAAGCCGUGGCGCAAGCCUGGCGCGGAUAUAACGGAUUACUUCAAUUACGGUUUCAACGAGGAGACGUGGCGCGCCUAUUGCGAGCGUCAGAAACGAUUCCGUGUGGUGGAGAGCGGCGUUGGGCUCGCCAGUCUAACACAAAAUGUCAAUCAGAGUGCACAAAUGGGACCGCCGGACGGUAAUGGACCGCCCGGCAUGGGUCCCAACAUGCAUCACAAUCAGAUCACCAGCAUAGGCGAGGGUUCCAUGCAAAUGCCGCCGCCUGGCAUGCCACCACCAGGCAUGAUGCAACAGCCCCCUCGCAUGGGCAUGGGAAUGAUGCAACGACCGCCACGGCCCAUCAUGACAACAACGGGGGCCAAGGAGAAUGCCAUACAAGUGAUGACGGCCGAGUGUCGCGAAUAUUCGCGCGCGCAAUUGACUCCAAACUUCCCACCGCCCGGCGCCGCCGAUGAGGUCUUCUCCUACGAGCCGGAACCCUUCGACUAUGGCUAUGAGCCCACGCAGGAGUCCCAGUGGGGUAAUGACAAUCCCGGCUGGGUGCCCACAGGCAUCAAAGAGCUCACCCCAGGACCCAGUCACAUGCAGCAGCCACCGCCACAAUUGUCCGGCCCACCGGGCAUGCCGCCGCAAAUAAUCGGUCCGCCGCCACAAAUUGGACCACCACCUCAGCUACGCGGACACGCGCCACCGGGCAUGAUGCCACCGAACAUGCGCAUGCCACCCAACAUGAAUAUGGGUCCUCCGCCGGGCAUGCCUGGCAUCAUGAUGGGACCCAAUGGACCGCCGCCACAGAUGCGAAUGGGCAUGGGGCCACCCCAACGCAUGCCUAUGGGCGGCAAUGGCAGCAAUAUGCCUCCCACUUCCCAAUCCAGUAGCGAACGUGGCAACUACGAUGACGAACGUGAGCGGCGGCGGCGUGAAAAGGACAAACAAAUGAAAAAAGAGCAGUUGCGCAAGGAUUUCAUUGAUAUGUUGCGGGAGCGGCACGAUAUUGAGCGGCACACACGCUGGUACGAUAUAAAGAAAAAAUUCGAGGCGGAUCCACGCUAUCGCGCCUUGGACUCGGCAUAUCGCGAGGAAUACUUUGAGGACUACUUGCACAUGCUCAAGGAGGAGAAGCGCAAGGAUCGCGACCAAAAGGAGCAGCGCGAUCGUGAUAGGCAGCGUGACAAAGAACGCGAUAAGGAGCGUGAAAAGGACCGCAGCGAACGGGACAAAGAUAAGGACAAGGAGAAGGAUAAGGAGCGUAGCAGCUCGCGGCGAGAGGGUCGGUCCAGAUCGCGCGACAAGUCCAGUCGCCGCAAAUCGAAAUCUCGCGAAAAGGAGCGCAGCGAACGGAGCAGCAAACAAGGGAGCAGCUCCGCAUCCUCGUCCAGUCGCAGUGACAAAAAGAAAUCGCAUCGCAAGGACAAGGAGGAGGAGGAAUAGCAUUUUCACAGAUACUAUAUGGAAGAUGAUCGGGCAGGCGAUGAAUGACUUCAAUCUAGAAGUCACUGCAAAAAUACUUCCAAUAAACGAAAAGUUAAAUCCAUGCCACCCAUAA